UCUUGCUGUUUACGAAUUGAUAAAAGUCGAUAAGAAACAUCCAAAUAUCUAAAGUCGCACAAAAAGAUAAAGACAUGUACAUGGAAGUUUCGAGUUAACGCAAGAUAAUACAAGUGUUGCACAAAUGUGACAUAAUACAAGAAAAUAUCACAGCGAUACCGCAUACAUAAAUCUUUUAAUAUAAAAAUUUUAAAACAGUUUAGUUUUAAUAAAGUCUUGUAGUUUGAAGACCUCGUAUGUUUUUCACUAAAGUAUGAUAUAGUAUACAAGUAUAAGGUUGUAGUUUUAUUGUAUACAGAAACUAUCAAGAUUAUAUCAACAUGCGUCAGCAAUGGAUAAUUAUUUGUCUACUAGCAUACGUACAUCUAUCACAUCAGAAAUCAUCACCAAAUUUACCAACUUAUGUAGCAGCUGUAAUAGAAUAUCAUUCAGAAUUUCAUAUUGAUAGUGAAUCAACUUUAGGAGCAAAUACUGAUGCAUAUGUUAAACUUAUUGAAACAGCUAGUGCACAAAAAGUUGAUAUACUUGUUUUCCCAGAAGAUGGCUUGACAAGUUACACCACAAUAGGAAGACAUGAAUUAUAUAAUUGGACAACUAUUAUUCCUGCUGCUUCAGAUAAUUUUAUUCCUUGCACUAACACUACUAUUAAUGUCAGCAAGACACUAAGAGAAAUAUCAUGUGCUGCAAGAGAAAAUGAAAUCUAUGUUGUGAUCAACAUUGCUGAGCAAUUACCUUGUGUACAUCAACCUGGAUGUCGAAAAGAUAAUAUGUUCUAUUAUAACAGCAACGUUGUUUUUGAUCGCAAAGGAAAGAUUAUUGCCAGAUAUCGUAAAACAAAUCUUUUUAUGGAACACAACUUUGAUACAACAAAAGAACCAGAAGUAGUAAUUUUUGAUACUGAUUUUGGAGUAAAGUUUGGAACUUUUACAUGUUUUGAUAUAUUGUUCUACAACCCUGCCUUACAAUUAACAAGACAUCAACAUAUCACUGACAUUGUUUUUCCCACUGCAUGGUUUUCUGAAGUACCAUUCUUAACAGCUGUACAAACACAAGCAGGAUGGUCAUUUGCCGAAGAUGUAAAUUUUUUAGUUUCUGGUUAUAACAGACCUUUUUCUGGCAGCACUGGCAGUGGAAUUUACUUAGGUCGUAAAGGCGUAGGCAAAGCCAUAAUGUCUCGCAUUAACGAAACGGAAAUGUUGAUAUUUGAAGUACCGAAAAUAAAAAGGACAAAUGAAUCCGAAUCAUAUCAGAAUCAUAUGAAAGACAACAAUCAGCAAACAAAAUCGUAUAAAGAGGAGAGUACAUUCUAUGAAUUAAGGAACAAGCAAGAAAACACCAUAACAAAGACUAAUAAUACAAAUAUAUUUUUUGGGCAUGAUUUCAUUGACCAUUUUGAAACAUUUUUAUUCCAACAACAAAAUAUUAGUCAAAAAUCACUUUGCCAGAAUUCUUUUUGCUGUGAAUUUACAGUAUCAACUGUACUUACAGAUCCGAAUAUAAAAUAUCGCUUAGUAGUUUUUAGUGGUACUCGUAAAUAUGGUGUUACUGAUGCUAGCGUGAGCACGUGCGGUAUAAUUCAGUGUUUGAACGAAACUAUUGCGUCCUGCGUUUCCAUUCCAAGAGAUUCAAAAACAGUAUUUAGCGAAAUGGAAGUCACAGCACGGUUCGAAGAUUAUAAAAAUAUUUUAAUUAUGCCGUCGACAUUAAGUUCAGAUUUACUUCCGCUUACAAAGUGGGCAUAUGACGAACAUACACAUGACAAUCAUGUACAUGUUACUAUAUCGUUAAAUAACAACAUAAACAAUGUAGUAACGUUCGGAUUAUACGCAAGGACCUUUCAUGAGGGCAAAAACGGAGCAGCCUGUGCAUUCAACACUAUCAGUGGUUUCGUACUAUCAUUAGCAGUUUUGUUGUUGUCAAGACUUAUUUGACAUAAAUUUAUACAUUUAUACAUUAUCCUAUAAUUUAUCAUGAAACUUGAAUGUCAUUCGAAGUGAUUCCGACUUUAUCAGUUUUUUUCUUUUUCUUAUCGAUUUUAAAUAGUUUUACAAUAAGUAAUAUAAUUUGUAUGGUUUUAUUUACAUGUAAAAUUAACAAUUGAAGUAAGAAGAUACAGGGAAAGUUAAUAUAACUUCAAGCAUCAUCGAUGAAUGUUAACGUUUCGUAGAGUAAUAAAAAUAUUAAUGUGUUACUUAUAUUUUUAUCUUGUAAUAAAAAUGUAUGUUAUAAAAGGA